AUGGACGUCGUGGUUGAGGACUGGCGCGACGUCAGCGAUGAGGCGCGACACCUGUUCGAGAUAGUCAACCUCGUAGUCAUCAGCACCGCCAUCGCUCUGGCUGGCAUCGUCGCCAACGUCAUCAACAUCAUCAUUUUCUACAGGCAGGGCCUGCGAACAACGGUCAACAUCGGCUUCACGGCCCUGGCCGUCUCGGACCUGCUCAGCCUGGUCACGCACGAGUGGUACUUCCUCUGCUUCAACCCGUUGUUCGUCAGCUCCGGGCUGGACAUUGUCCCGUCCGAGGUCCAGCAUCUCACGGCCGGGUUCCCCCACACGUGCUUUAAGCUCACCACCGCGUGGAUCGCCGUGUACAUCACGUUCGAACGUUGCCUGUGCAUCACGUCACCGCUGAAGGUCAAGCGCAUCCUCACGCCUAGGCGCACGAAGCUGGUCGUUUGGGUCAUCUACUGUGUUAUGCUUCUGUCACUGCUGCCCGAGUACUCCACGGCGUACCUGGACUGGAAGUUUUACCCCGACGCCAACAGGACGCUUCUCGGUUUGGCGUUCACGGCCGAUCGCGCUAAGAUCGAGGGCGUGUCCUUCAUGCUCUACGGGAUCUAUAUGCUCAUCGCCUUCCCGAUACUAAUCGUAUGCUCCCUAAUCCUAACGACAAAACUGAACCACAGUUCGAAAUGGCGCCAGGAGAACUCGAGCCUGGGGAAGUGCCUCGUCAAGGAAAAGAGAACUCUGAGAAUGGUUGGGGUGAUGUCCCUCGUGUUCAUCGUCACCUUCACCCCGGCCGUGUCCAUCUGCACUUCGGUCUUCGUCGAGCCGGAGUUCAGCGUUGUGGGGCGCCUGAGGAACUUGUUCUUCGUCGUGUCGUCGUUCGGUUGCGUCUGCGACGCCACGAACUCGAGCGUCCCGAUUCUGUCUUACUACACCAUGAGCUCCAGGUACAGAGAGCAAUUUCGAGCCCUGUUU